AUGGAGUUAAUACCAUUCCUUGUGCGAUUGAUCGCCUUCAAUCUUUUGGCGACCCUUCCAGCUGUUAACGCUUCACCUGCAAUCAGCCUCCCUUACCCCUUUGAAGCAGACAAACUCUACGAUGUCAAAAUCGAGCAAAGAAUCGGGCCAGACUCAGAAGUCCGCAAGCGGGCAAACGCUUACCGUGUCUAUCUCGCGUUGACGCCGCCAGGGUGGGGUACAGGGCCUGUGUGUUGGCUCGCAAAAGAAGUAGACAUAGACGUGACACAAGUCAACAUCACGAUUCCUGCAGACGCAGCACCCAACCAAUCACGGAUCCGGCUCUCAACUGCUUUUCUGAAGAAAGGCUCCCCGAGAAGUAUGGGCUUUUCCUAUAGCAGCAGGACUACCCUUGUUGGAGCGAAUGCAACUUGGAGUCAGAAGGAGUUGGACGGGAGGAGCCAUAUUGACGCAGAGGAAGUUUCUUGUUGGGCUUUUGGAUGUGCUAGGACUUGCCAAGAGACCUAUUACACUACAAAGGAUGAGGAGGAUGGGCCGAUUGGAACCAAGGCAUAUGCCUGUAUCAAACAGUGUGCAAAGGAUCUGAACCCGCGAAGUAACGGGGUGACAAACGGGAUGUCCAUGUCGAGGUUAUUGGCCGUGGCUGUAAUGAUUGGGCUUGUUCAUGUGGUUGCGGGCGUGCUUUAA